AUGAACGGCAUAAGAGGAUCACCUACGAUGGGUCCGUCACGCAGGAUAUCGCCUAAGUUCAGCGCGAACGUUUGCAGACCAAACGCUGUGGACUCGAACAAAUUUUCAAUUUCCUUGAAGCCACAUUCGAGUGGCUACGUUCCCAAGGGACAACAUCGACUUUCCGUACCAGAUCUUGCCGAAUUAGCCUAUGGCAAGAUGGGUGCUACGAACGCAAUGAUGGCCCAUGGUGGUGUUGCUUCUAGCGCAAAGGCACUCACCUCUAAAUUGGGUCGUAGUCCUGGAACUGGCGAAUUGCAGGCAAUUACCGAAGGCUUGGUGACACCUGUUGUUCGCCGUAAGCAGUAUUUGCGCGAAAUACCCGUCCAGGUUACCACGUCGCCCAACCAACCCGUCUCACCGUCCCAAUCGGCCAAGAGGUCAUUCAUUCCUUGUGAGAGAAGUGGGAAAAAUGUCAAUCAGAUCACUAAAGACAGCGGUGUCGGCACGACUGUUCUCAACGAGCAUGGAUUCACGAAGAGGUUGGUUAAAUAA